AUGAUGUGUGCUACAGAUUUUGAUUGUUGUAUUCCUCUUUGUAGUGUUUGCACUCGACAUCUGAAAGGUUUCGAAAAAGUGGAGCUUAUAAGUGAACCAAACUUAUGCCCUCUUUGUUUUGGCGUAUUAAACGAGGAUUAUAUCGAUAAAGUAAUGGCUGAGGUGAAAAGCAAAUAUGUAGACAGUGGGCAUGAUGCAGAAUCAUUUAUGCUUGCAAUCAAUAUGCCUGUUACAACUAUUCUGCGAGAAGCAUUAUAUGGUUGUGCUUAUCAUAUGGCGUCAUCAAAUGGCACUCUUUUUGCCGUCCCUUUCAAAUUACGCAUUAUUAGUGCUUACUUGGAACGAAUUCGGGAUGCAACGGGUUUGACACCAUCAGUCAAUUCUGAUCUAACUCUUACCCUUACAUUUACUAAUGAUGAAUUCAAUGAAACUGAUGUUGAUUACUUACGAACCAAAUAUCCAAAUGAUUUUCAACUGUCAAGAAAAAGGUUGAAAUAUACCAGUGCUGAAGAUAUCGUUCAUUCGUUGUUCACUAAAGUACGAAUCGCAAAUAUGCUGCACAAUUUGAAUCGGGAAUACGCAUUGUUCUACAAAAUGGCAUCGCCUUCAACACAGUGCUCUUUCUCAGUUUCAUUUAAACGAAAUUCAAUUUUUAUAGCCGGACGUUACUGCAAAUUUUCUAGAUUUAUAUCUCAAAGUCCCUGGUUUGAUUCAACCAACGAUACAUCACAAUCAUCUAAUCCUUCGAUCUCGGAGAUCAUCGGAAUUCCAUUUAUUGAAGAAACCAAAUGUGAUUCCGUGCGUUUUGUUGCUUUGGGAAGGGAAGAUAUUGAUGUACGAAUGCUUGGUAACGGGCGACCAUUCGUAAUACAACUUAUAAAUCCGAAGAAACUCGUUCCAUUUCGAAGCGAUCUGAUGCAAGCGACUUUAAAUAAUAUAAGAGAUAAAAUCAAUGAAAAUCGCGAUGUAAGAAUUCCCUCCGACUUGAAGCAAAUCACGUCCGAUCAAGCAUCUCUUAUAAAGAAAGGACAAGAUGAUAAGCGAAAGAUAUACACGGGUUAUUGUUAUAGCGCAAAAGUGAUUGAUGAUUCAGUAUUUGAAGAAUUGUCUGGCAAGGCACCCAUUGAAAUAAUUCAAAAGACUCCAGUACGAGUGCUGAAACGUCGGCCAUUGCUUGAAAGAAAGAGAACUAUAUUUUCUAUGAUGGCAAUGAAAUUGGAUGACAAUCACUUUAUUCUCAAAUUGUUAACGCAGGCGGGGACUUACGUCAAAGAAUUCGUUCACGGCGAUUUUGGCCGAACUCGACCUUCUCUAGCAGAUUUACUAGAUGUUAAAUGUGGUGAGAUCGAUAUACUUGAUUUGGAUGUCAAUAGUGUGGAAAUGGAUUGGCCACCGAGAUCAUAA